AGUGAUAGUCUCUUUUGAUUUAAACUUACUUCUUGCUUGAGUUUACUGCUAAAACUUUGGUAUGGGAUUUUUAGAUUGAUUUUCAUUGUAACAUCAGAUCCAAUCUGUUUGAGAUCGGUCUGAUUUUCUUUCCUGGGGAAAUAUAAAUAUUUUCAUAUCUUCCCUGAACUUUGUUAGGAUGUCAACUUGUUAUAUGAUCAGAAGGCUGUGAAAAUCAACAAAUCAAGUUGCAAUUGCAGUUUGUGAUCAUUUAACGGAAAAAGUGGAAGUUAGUUGUUGAGCUUUUACGUUUGUGGUUGAGAGUCUUGACAGAGGCUCUAGCAAAAUUUUAGUUUCUUUGGGCCUAACUUUCUGAAAUGAUGUUAACGUUUGAUGAGAUUGGUCUUUGUGGAGAUAUGAGUUUUUUCUCUGCUCCUAUGGGGGAGUCAGACAUGGUCCCUGCACAAACUGAACCUGAGGCAACUGUGGAGGAUGAUUAUACUGAUGAAGAGAUUGAUGUUGAUGAGCUUGAAAAGAGAAUGUGGAAGGACAAAAUGCGUCUCAAAAGGCUUAAAGAACAAACCAAAGGUAAGGAGGGAAUUGAUAUAGCUAAGCAGCGUCAGUCCCAAGAGCAGGCAAGGAGGAAGAAGAUGUCUAGGGCUCAAGAUGGGAUCUUGAAAUACAUGUUGAAGAUGAUGGAAGUUUGUAAAGCUCAAGGUUUUGUUUAUGGGAUUAUUCCUGAGAAGGGAAAGCCUGUGACUGGAGCAUCUGACAAUCUUCGAGAGUGGUGGAAGGAUAAGGUCAGGUUUGACCGUAAUGGUCCAGCUGCUAUAGCCAAGUACCAAGCCGAUAAUUCAAUCCCUGGCAAGAAUGAGGGCUGUAAUUCAAUUGGUCCAACCCCUCACACCUUGCAAGAGCUUCAAGACACCACCCUUGGUUCACUGUUGUCAGCACUGAUGCAACACUGUGAUCCUCCUCAGAGGCGAUUUCCAUUGGAGAAAGGUGUUUCCCCACCGUGGUGGCCCACCGGAAAUGAGGAAUGGUGGCCUCAAUUGGGUUUGCCAAAGGAUCAAGGCCCCCCACCUUACAAGAAGCCUCAUGACCUGAAGAAGGCUUGGAAAGUGGGUGUUCUAACAGCUGUGAUUAAGCAUAUGUCCCCAGAUAUUGCCAAGAUUCGCAAGCUUGUGAGGCAAUCUAAGUGCUUGCAGGACAAAAUGACAGCCAAGGAGAGUGCCACAUGGCUUGCUAUCAUCAACCAGGAGGAGACCUUGGCUCGAGAGCUUUAUCCUGAAUCAUGCCCCCCUUUGUCUUCUGCUGGGGGAAGCGGGUCUUUAGUGAUCAAUGAUGGCAAUGAGUAUGAUGUUGAUGGGGCUGAAGAUGAACCAAACUUUGAUGUUCAAGAGCGUAAGCCUGAGAGUCUUAUAUCUUCUAAUUUGGGGAUGGACAGAAUGAAGGAAGGGCUUCCAGUUCGGCAACUGUCUUAUCCAAUUAAGGGAGAAGUCAUUACAAACUUUGAUUUUGUUCGGAAAAGGAAGCCAUCCACUGAAAUUAGCAUGGCAAUUGAGCACCAGGUCUAUACAUGCGAAUACUUUCGGUGUCCUUACAGUGAAGCCCGCCUGGGCUAUCAUGACAGGACUUCCAGGGACAAUCACCAAUUGACAUGCCCAUACAGAAACAAUUCUUCAGAAUUUGGAGGGUCCAACUUUCACGUGAAUGAAGUAAAACCUGUUAUCUUUCCUCAAACAUUUGGACAAUCAAAGCCAACUGGUCCAUUGUAUUCAGUGCAGCCUUCCUUCGACAUAUCAGGACUUGGAGUUCCAGAAGAUGGGCAAAAACUGAUAACUGAGCUGAUGUCAAUCUAUGAUAACGAUAUCCAAGGCAAUAGGAAUAUUACUCCUAUUAAAAAUACUGCAAUGGCAGAAAGUCAAAAUUCUCUUCAACAAAAAGUUCAGCAUCAACAGGACGACUACUUUCAUGGACAAGCAGCAGCGUUGGAUGGGAACUUGUUUGAAGGAUCCAACAUGACUGAUAAACAUCAGAUGUUUCCUCUGGAGGAAGGUCAAUUUGACAGGUUUAAGAUGACAAGUUCUCCAUUUGAGACCAACCACAACAACAAUAGUUUCCCAUUAAUGUUUGGUUCGCCAUUUGAUUUAGGAUCGUUUGAUUAUAAAGAGGAUCUACAAGCAGUAGGAAUGGAUAGCCUACCAAAGCAGGAUACCUCAAUCUGGUUCUAAUUGUAUUGCAAACUUCUCAACAACAUGGCUUCCCUUAAGUUGAGAUCUCUCUCACUCUCUGUUGAGCUCGAGGAGCAGACAUUGUUGAAUUAGUCAGUCUUUGCGGAGUGGAUUCUACACCCCUUUGGUGUUGUUUAUGAUGUGUUGAAAACUUGAUUUGUCCAAAAGGUGUUUGUAGUUGUAUUAUUUUGUUUGUAGCAUUUGAAAUUAGGAAGUGAGCAGGGCUGAUACGAGGUUAAUAAAAGGAUUAGAAGGGUUCCCAACCCGUAGAAAAACCCUGCUUUAAUUAUAUGUAUGAAAUGUCAAAUAAAUAAGAUAGUAUUAAUCUCCAUUUCCCAUUA